AUGACUGGGUACACCAGCAUUGUAAAGGCUUACGUGCCUGAUCACCAGAGCGGCAAUCGGAUUAACUUCGACAGCUUCCUUCCUGUUCUUUACGUAAUUCACGAUGGCGAGAGAAUUAAGAAGGCAAACAAUUACUUCGUGACAGACAGAUCCGAUCCUGGUUCCGGGCCAAACUAUGCCUGGGAUGCAUCCUAUGUCUCCAAAUCACCAUUCAACUCCGAGGAAUGCUUUUUGCAAAACAACGUGUCAAAAUCUCACUAUGCCAAAGAUGUUGAACAACAUGGUUUGGAUCAAUCAUCCAACGUCAAGACUACUUUCAUGGAAUUCGAUCUCGAGCCUCCGACGCUUAACAUAUCGGCUUCAUUCUUCUAUGACCCUACUCUGUACGGCUCAGCAGACAGAGUCUCGCCACACUUACAACAAAAAGCGCUUUGGAUAUGGUCGAAUGAUACAUACAACUACACAUAUUUGUCAACAUUUGGUACAUGCCAGCCAGACGGAGGGAACUACCAAUGGGGGUUUUCCUUCAUUCAGCUGUUCAUCAUGAACAUCAUGCUUCUCAUAUGGACACUCGGCAUCCUCAUCAUGUGGUACCGGGCCCAAUCUACAAUGCAGAAACGAGGCCGCGUCAGUGUAGCCGGUGUACACAAGGCUGUGGUCGAGCUCGCAGAAACCAUGCACAAAGAGCUAGAUGCUGAGGACUUUGACCUGAGCCUUUCAACGGAGGCACAGAUCAAACAACGAACAGCGGCGGCAAAAGGAGGUAGCAUAGCCUACGAUGCGCCGCUUGUUGAUGAGAAAGUGCCGGACGCAUCAUUCACAAAGUGGCUCAAGCGCGAAAAGUGGUGGCUCAUAGUAACGUUUGUCUUCAUCUUUGCGACAAGCGUCCUCAUGAUCAUAAGACCCUUGAGUAGGAUUCCUCGCAGUAUUUACCGCGUACACUCGAAUACUUUCGGCCCCAACAGAGUGACGUCCACCAUGUCCCAAUCCUCAACCAGCGAGAAUACCACCAGCACCGUUCCACCGCCCUUGACUCACAUGCUCGAAACAUGUAUCUACGUUUCCUCAGCCUCUCGCUCUGCAGAGUGGUACUCCCGCAUAUUCAACAUCACGCCAGACUUCGUGAAUGACCGCAUGGCAUCCUUCCCCAUUCCACCUACAACCCUCCUGCUCUUCACCCUCGGCUACACCUCCGCCGAUAGUGACGUACCUAAUCGAGGCCGCAUAGCAGGCCACGGUCCGACGCCUGAGGUCCUCAACAUUCUAUCCAAGAGCGCCUCGUCUACCCUUGAUCCCAAGAGCCAGGCCUUGAAGCAGCACUUCUGCUUCGCGGUUCCAAACGCUGAGGAUGUAAAGAAAUGGGAGCAGCAUCUAAGUAGCGAAGGGGUCAAGAUUCUUUCGACGAUGGACUGGGAGCGUGGUGGGCGGAGCGUGUAUUUCGAGGAUUUGGAUGGGAAUGUGGGGGAGGUUGCGAGUCGGGGGUUGUGGAAGCAUUGGUGA